GUAGCAGUUCAUCUAGGCGCUGGUGUGUGGGGAUGCUUGGCUUGGCACAGUAGCAGUAUUGCUCGAGUCGAGAGUAGAAAGAGCGUGGUGAGGCAGCAAGCGCUGCGUAGCCAUGGCAACUAGGCCGGGCCCUUUGACCGAGUGGCCGUGGCAAAGGCUGGGAAACUUCAAGUACGUGGUGAUGGCCCCCGUGGUGGUGCACGGGGCGCACCGGGUGGUGAGCAAGGGGUGGGGCGACAUCGACCUGGCCUACUCGCUCAUCCUGCCGUCGCUGCUGCUGCGGAUGAUCCACAACCAGAUCUGGAUCAGCCUGUCCCGCUACCAGACGGCCCGCAGCAAGCACCGCAUCGUCGACCGCGGCAUCGAGUUCGACCAGGUCGACCGCGAGCGAGGCUGGGACGACCAGAUCCUGUUCAACGGGCUGCUGUUCUACGUGGGGUACCUGGCGAUGCCGAGCGUGAGGCGGAUGCCGCUGUGGAGGACGGACGGCGCGGUGAUGACGGCGCUGGUGCACACGGGCCCCGUCGAGUUCCUCUACUACUGGUUCCACCGCGCGCUGCACCACCACUUCCUCUACUCGCGCUACCACUCGCACCACCACGCCUCCAUCGUCACCGAGCCCAUCACCUCUGUUAUCCAUCCUUUUGCUGAACAUGUGGUCUAUUUCAUACUGUUUGCAAUCCCCAUACUGUCAACAAUAUACGUGGGAAAUGUUUCGGCAAUGGGCAUUGUGGCGUACAUUGCCUACAUUGACUUCAUGAACAACAUGGGACACUGCAAUUUUGAGUUGGUGCCAAGCUGGAUUUUCCAAAUCUUUCCACCCCUCAAGUAUAUGAUCUACACCCCGUCGUUUCAUUCUCUUCAUCAUACGCAGUUCCGCACAAACUACUCGCUGUUCAUGCCAUUUUAUGACUACAUAUACAACACCAUGGACAAGUCGUCUGACGAGUUGUAUGAGAGCUCACUGAAAGGAACGGAAGAAACACCUGACCUUGUUCAUCUCACGCAUAUGACCAGCUUGGAAUCAGCUUAUCAUCUAAGGAUAGGAAUUGCCUCCAUAGCCUCCAAACCGUACAGCAACUCUGCGUGGUAUAUGUGGGCGUUAUGGCCCUUGGCAUGGCUGUCGAUGGUACUUGCGUGGAUUUAUGGGUCCUCAGCAUUUGUCGUUGAGAGAAUUAAACUGAACAAGAUGAAGAUGCAAACAUGGGCAAUACCAAGAUACAACUUCCAAUAUGGCCUUACAUGGGAGAGGGAACCAAUCAAUGACUUGAUUGAAAAAGCAAUAUUAGAUGCUGAUAUGAGAGGGGUUAAAGUGGUUAGUCUAGGACUACUAAAUCAGACAAAACAACUCAAUGGAAAUGGUGAACUAUUUAGACAGAAGUAUCCAAAAUUAGGAGUUCGAAUUGUUGACGGAAGUGGCUUAGCUACUGCAGUGGUACUGAAAAGUAUUCCUUCAGAUGCAAAGAAAGUUUUUCUUCAUACUGGCUCUUCUAAGAUAGCUCGUGCCAUUGCCAUGGCACUAUGUAGCAGAGGUGUCCAGGUGAUCAUGAAUGAAAAGAAGGAAUACGACAUGCUCAAGUUACAGAUUCCAGAGAAUAGGGCAAUCUAUUUGAAACUCUCCAGCGAUGACAUACCUCAGGUAAAGCUGUGGAUAGUAGACAAUAUCGACGACGACGAGCAAAAGAUGGCGCCAAAAGGAACAACAUUCAUUCCUAUAUCACAAUUUCCCCUUAAGAAAGUUCGCAGGGACUGCACUUACGCGAGCACACCAGCAAUGAGGAUCCCGGAGGAAAUGAAGAACGUCCACUCCUGCGAGAAUUGGCUUCCAAGGAGGGUGAUGAGUGCUUGGCACAUCGCUGGAAUACUUCACGCCCUAGAAGGAUGGAACACGCACGAGUGUGGGGAUGACAUGAUGGAUGCCGAGAAAUCAUGGUCAGCUGCCAUCAGGCAUGGGUUCCUUCCUCUCAGUAAAGCUUGACAGGUUUGGGAGCAUCCAUGGAUGGGGCUGGUAGAUGAUGUUGAUCAACGGGCUUUAUCCAAAGUUCGUCGUCUAGUAUGUGAACCAAAUAGACUUUUUAUCACUUAUCUUACUUGCUAUGUUGUAAUGCUGAGAGUCCUGAUGAGUCGUGGAGGUGGCACAGUGUGAACGAGUUUAAUAUUCAUAAUCUAUGUCAGGUCUUGUAAAAUUACGCUUAUCUCUAAUUUGAAUUAUGUGGGGGAAUAAUUACAGUAA